AACAGAAUUAAGCCUUAUUUACAAAUAAAUACCAAAGUCUAUUUUGAAAUAAAAUAAAAACUAUUCUUAGAUGACUACAGUCACGCCAUCUGCUCGUGAUACUUUUACAGAAAGCCAAUCAUAAAUCAUCUUGAGAAUUUAAAUUUCUCUACAGAUGACAAAAAACCGGUACAAUAGCCUCACUAUUUUCAGUGUUGUCAUAACAUCAACAAUAUUUGUGUUUAGUUUUUAAAAGUCAAAUUGAAUAUCCACUCGUAAAAAAAACUCAUUUUUAUCAAUAUAUGUAAUUACUAGUAUAAACUAUGAGUUUGUUGUACCAACAACCCACUUGAAAAGUAUUAUUUUGUUUAAGGACAGGUGCUGAGAGAUGCAUUUUCUAAACAAAGACAAACAAAGAAAGUUUUUUAUUUGGUUUUCUUACACAACUUCUGUUCGUUAUUUAUUUAUUCACACAACCAAAAUCAAUACUAAGAUAAACGCAGUUAUUAAUUUAAUUAACAAUUAAAUUUACAUUUUUUUUUUAGUUUAUUAACUAUUGUGUUGUCGAAUUUGUUUAAAUAUGAGUCAAGAACUGAAAAACGAUUCAUUGAGUGUUCAAAAUAGUUCAACUGCAGGUACUGUAAGUCAUCAAAGUUUAUCAAGAUGUAAAUCAGAACCUGUUAGAAUAAAAGAGUUCAUGAACUUAUGUGAGUUUGAUGGUGAUGACGAUGACGACGAUGAUGAUGGUCAUGACGACGACAGCGGCGAAAAAACUAAAACUUUCGAUGAUGAUAUUGGAGAGUCUGAAUUAGAUGAUUGUCAGUCUUUACCACCAGACGAGAAUGAAUAUAUAAGAGACCCACAUUUCCAGUAUAGUUCAAAGGAUGAAAAAUCGCCCGAAACUGUUGUGAAUAUUCAUGAUUCUGGUAUGAAAAAAAUUGAUUUAGCAGAAGGCAGUCAUAGUUCAUUAAUAAAUUCAAUGGCAACUGUUCCAGAUUUUAUUCAAUCUAAAAUUUCCAACAUUAAUAUACCAAAUCAUGAUAGGCUUCAAGAUUAUAAGUACUCGAAUGAUAAUGUUGAUGAUUUAAAAUUAUCUAAACAAUUAUUCAUCAGUAACUCACCAUCAGAUUUAGCCAAAGAAGAUAUUUCUUCUACAGCUUCAUUAUGUUCUAAUCAAUCGGAUAAUUCUGUGCAGAAGCAGUCAAAUAUUUUGUCAGCUCAAGUGUCUGGACUAUCAACAAUUAUUAAGUCAAAUUCUAAUUUAUCAAAUUCAAAUUAUAUCAUGAAACAACCUAGUAUCAUGUCUGAAGUCUCUAAUGUUAUUCAUUCGACUCAAGAAAGGCGGGUUCAAUCUACCUCAAAUUAUAAGAUCGAAUCUACUUCUGCUUUAGAUCGUCAACCACUUACUAAUCAAUAUCAAAUUUUGUCAAAUCAAUUAGCAACAAAAACUCCACUGAAGCAAAAUCCUCCAAUUAGUAGUUCGAGACCAGUACCAUCAGUAUCACACAAAAAUUUAUUUCAAACACCACAAAAUAAAACAAAUGGAGAUUAUGUUAACUCAUCUCAUAUUCAAACACCAGCAACUAUAUUUUCUCAUUGGACGCAAAAUAAUAUGAUGAGUACACCCUUACAAAACAGAAUGCUUGGCUCUGGUCAGACUCCCGGACAAUCACUUAGUUCUAAAAGAGAUUUACAAUGGCAAAGAAAUUCAGAUUCUUCAGUAAAAGGAGCCAGAAGACCAUUAGCAGAGACGUCAGAAAGUCGAGCAUCAGUUAGAAAUUUACCAUCACAUGGAAAAACUCUUGAGAUUAACGAGAAUCAAAGUCGUGAACAUUUAAAAACUAUUCCUGAAAAAUUAUCACUUGUUUCAUCUGUUAGUGACUUGAAAGAAAAUAAGCAACCACCUGUCCGAGCUGAAUUAAAAUUUCAGUCAUCGGAGAAUGAUUCUCAAAAACAUUUUGUUACGUCAAGAAGUAGAUCAGCAGAACCUAUUCCUGAUCAUUAUAACACUGAAAAAAAGAAUACUACAGGUGAAUAUGUAUCUAAGAACUAUCCAGUAUGUAAUUCAUCAAAACAUACUGAAUACGAAAUUGAUAAACAUCGAGGCGAGUUGAAGAAUAAGCCUACAACACAUGUCUCUGAUACUUAUUCUACUGAAAAACGACAUACCAUGGGAGAUCAUAUACCUAAUACUUAUAAAGUUAAUCAUCAAUCAAGACGUACUGACUACGAACUUGAAAAACACCCAAGUGAAUCAAAAGGUAUAUUGACAAAACCUCUUUCUGAAAGACACGCAAGUAAUAGACCUACAGUGGCCCUUGAAUCUGUAGCAGCACGUGAGAAUAUAAAUAAAAAUUCAGCGGUUGAUAAUGUCAAAAUUCAAGCAUCAGUACCUUCAAGUACGAAAAAAUCUCAACACGGAAAGACAAUUACUGUUAAGAACAAAGAAUAUAUGAUUCUAGGUUUCUUAGGUCAAGGAAUGAGUGGAAAUGUUUAUCGUGUACAAGACCUAAAGACAUUUGAAUUGAGAGCUAUUAAAGUUGUUGAUCUAUCACGGAUGGAUAAAGAAAAUAUGCAGAGUUCAAUUCAAGAAAUAAAUAUGCUUUGUAAGCUGCAAGCUCCAUGUAUUGUACAAAUGUUUGAUUAUGAAAUAAUAGGUCAAACUAUUUAUGUUGUUUUGGAAAUGGGUGAUACGGACUUGAGUAAAUUUAUCAAAACAAUUUGUGCUGAAAAAAAAUUACCAGUUACAAUGAUAUUGUACUACUGGACUGAGAUGUUAACAGCUGUUAAAUAUAUCCAUGAUCACGGUGUUAUACAUUCAGAUUUGAAACCAGCUAAUUUUUUACUUGUAAGAGGUAGAUUAAAACUCAUUGAUUUUGGUAUUGCUUCGACAGUUCACGGUGACAUGACAUCAGUUAUAAAAAAUGUAACUGUUGGUACUCUAAAUUAUAUUAGUCCUGAAGCAUUGAUGGAUGUUGAUGAAACAUCACAUCAAAACAGUAAAUACAAAAUUAGCUACAAAUCUGAUGUUUGGUCUCUUGGAUGCAUUUUAUAUUCUUUAGUAUUUGGUUACACUCCUUUUCAACAUAUUCGUCAAAAUUGGGCUAAAAUUGGAGCUAUUACAAAUCCGUCAACUAAAAUAUCAUUUGAUCUACCACCUAAUUCACAACCAAUACCUUCAAUUUUGAUAGAUGUUAUUAAAAGAUGUUUGAAUUAUAAUCCAAAAGAAAGACCAUCAGUUUGUGACCUGAUAAAUAUUCAAUAUAUAUCAAUAACGAGUAAUAAUACUAAUAUUUCUAAACCGAAUAUUCCUCAUAACACUUUGGUAAAAAUAAAACAGGCAUUGGAUGAAAACGAAUGGCGUCAAUUCAUUGAGAUGAUGGACAACAGAAUAGUUUAAGUCAACUGAUAUUCUCAAUAGGCCCGAUUAUGUAUAUAUAAAAAAUCUAUAUGAAUACUUAUAAAAAAAAAUAAUAAUAAAAC